AAGCAGGCUUCAGUGAAACUGGCAGCACUGUGAAGCAGCUUAACUAAUAUUGGAACCAUGGAGCUCCACAUAUUCUACCUGCUGAUUACAGCUGCUGCUUUCACUGAUGGAUCAUCUAUGAAAGCCAAAAACCUCGCUCUCUAUGGAAAAGCCACACAGUCGGUCUUAGUUGUUAACCCCUAUGCUUCAUUCGGUCACGCCUACAAUGCUAUAGAUGGGAAUGCUGAUUCACACUAUGACCAUGGGUCAUGCACUGCCACUGAGUUACAAAAAAACCCCUGGUGGAGGGUGGACCUCCUGGACGAGUACACAGUGACCUCCGUUACCAUCACUAACAGAGCAGACUGCUGUCCAGAGAGGAUCAACGGAGCUGAGAUACACAUUGGAAACUCUUUACUCGACAGCGGAAACAGCAACCCAUGGGCUGGGGUGAUCUCUAGCAUCCCUGCAGGAAAAUCCAUCACCUUGAACUUUGAGAAAGGCAUCUCAGGUCGUUAUGUUAAUGUGGUCAUCCCCGGGGAUAACAAGGUCCUGACUCUCUGUGAGGUCGAGGUCUACGGCUAUCCCACUCCAGAUGGAGAGAAUGUAGCCCUCAAAGGACGAGCGACGCAGUCCAGCCUUCAUUAUUUUAAUUUUGCGUUCAGUGCUGUUGAUGGAAACCGGGAUGGUGUGUAUGAACAUGGCUCCUGCUCACACACUAGCAAUGACUUCAGUCCUUGGUGGAGGCUGGACCUGCUGAAACAACACAAAGUAUUUUCUGUCACUGUCACUAACUCCCAGAAUGCCUUUCCUGAGAGGCUGAGCGGGGCUGAAAUCCGAAUUGGAGACAGCUUGGACAACAACGGCAACAACAAUGCAAGGUGUGCAGUGAUCUCCUCCAUUGAUAAAAGCAACCCGACAAUGUCCUUUGAGUGCAAUGGGAUGGAGGGACGGUACAUCAACAUUGUGAUUCCAGGAAGGAGCGAGUUUCUCAUACUUUGUGAGGUGGAGGUGAAUGGAGCUCCUCUGAUCUGAGGACCCUUUAUGAUUACAGUGUGACCACCAAAUGGCCACAUCUUUAUCUGUGAGGGGACAGUGGGACAGGAUCAACAGGCUCACUGAUCAUUCCCCUUAACAAUUAAGGGUGAUGCUAUAUUUGGAUCUAAUUUCCAUUGUGUUUGGUCUUGUUUUGCAGUGUAUUUUGCAUGUGGGUUCAUUUAGUAGGUGAAAGUUAUUAUUCCUCUGUGCUGGUCUCUGAAUGUGGUCUUUCCUUUCAAAAGGAGAAGUUGUCCUAUUUUCUUUUGAAGCUUAUUUGCCUACAGGUUUCCAUGUGGCCUUUUUAAUUCUAAUAUUUUAAUUCCCAUUGCUUAAACUUACUGUAACAACUGACAGUAAAUUGGCCAUUCACUACUGUUAUUUUGAUUAUCAUGAAGAGUAAAUUCUGCUCUAUUGUGCAUAUCCUUUUGUUUUUCUGUUGCUUAUUAUUUCUCUCUUGGAGAAGGAAUAAAUUCUGUUGGCUCUACA